CAACAGUUGUGCUCGUCGUGCAGGCGGGAGAAGUUCGAUGAAAUGGCUUUAGCUACGGAAAUACUUGACUUCUUGUCAUUCCCGCUGUUUUUGUCAUGAUUAAGUUUCACAACUUUGAAAAUGGAGAAAGCGACUGACAGUCAAAGAAAUCCAGGAACAUUUGGAGAAUACUUCUCUCCAAUGAGUACAAAAGCAAUGGGUCCUGAACUUCAACAGAACUCCCUAAGGCGUUUCACUUUUCCCCAAGAGACUCCAAUGAAGCCCUCUCAAGUCCCAAACCUGCUUUCUCAAAACCCACCCAGAAGAGUUUUGCCUCUUCAGACACCUGAGCAGUGCAACAAGGAUGGAUUUCGCCCACACUGGAAUCUUCCUCGUCCAGUACAACUUGUAAAUUCACUGGAGUUUGUUCUAACCAGCCCAACUAACAUUCAUUCCCCUGUGAAUCAUUUACCCAAAGCAAGCCUGGCUCCAAAGCAUUUAGCUCAACCUCCUGGACUUUUUCCAAGUAGUCCAGCUAAUACUUGCACUACAGCAUAUACACCCCCGUCUACACCAAGGGAAAGAUCAGGUCCACAGCAGGGCACUGUGCCAGCAAAGCCAGGAUAUUUUUGUUCAUCUCAUCUUGGUCAAGCCAGCCCAUGUGGCAAUAUUAUUUCAUCUGAUAGACCUUCGUUUUCUAGUGUAUCUGUGUCUCCAGCCACUGAGUCUGUGAAGAAUUUCAGCAACCACUCUACACCCGCCCACUACAGGAGCGAUCAAGAGACUGAAUCACUGGUCACUUACUCCAUCUCAGGAAACAAGAAUGAGAAGUAUGAACAAUUACAUUCAAGUGAAAAUUCAGUUCCAGCAGUGGAUUUGAAUUGCCCUUCCCAGAAGAGGCGCAGAGAAUCUGAAUACUCUUGUGAGAAUACCAAGAAACCAUGUCCUCAGGAUGCAAACUCUAGCAGAACUCAGACAACCAAACCAACUCCUUCCAUCUCAUUAAGCACUUCUCUGGUGUCUCAGCCAUCUUUGAAGAACCCUUCAGUCCUGGAAUUAUCACCCAAAACAGCAGAUGGCCGUCUGCAGUCCGAGCUGCCAUGUGGACAGUCAACAAGCUCAGAUCUGCCCACGUUCCAACCCUCUCAGUCACACAUCACACCAUCACCUAAACGUUGUCCAAAGAAGGCACCGUUUACAGGAGCAAAGCAAGUUUAUAUAACCACCACUCAGAAUCUCGUGAAGUUAAGUUUUUCUUCAAGGUCCCGUGAAGAAAGUGUGAAAAAAGGAAAUGUGGAAAACCAUCAAAACGAUAAAUCAAGUGCUUCUAAAGUUUCUCAGAAGGACAGCAGUAAUUCACCUCAUGCAGCUCCGGUCAGCCAUUCUCGUCAUACUGGACACAUGCCUGUCUUACCAGUCAAGACCCCGAGCAGAGUUCAUCAAGUGGGAGGAAAAAAAUUAGACGACAGCACCCCCAAACCGACAUCAAAACUAAGUUUGGGUUCACAGAGUGGUCGCACAGCAGAGCGCACUAAAACAAGCCGUUUACGAAAACCAGUGCUUCAUGACGACAUAGAUCAGCUUUUUACCCCUGAUCCCUUUUAUCGUGUCAGUGCUAAGACUGCAAAACCAACGACAAAUGAGCAAAAGGUUAAUUCAAAGACUUUAGAGACAAGUACUAGCACUGCGACCAGGUCUGUUCCCUCAGUUGGUGCAUCCUCUUGUCACAUGACUCCCCACUCCAAAGUAGCAGAACCUGCACACGCAGAGUCAUCCUCAGCACAAAAUACCCCAGUCUCAUUGCCAAAUGUGAUUUUAAAGCGUGUGGAAUUAGAAAAAUGGCAAAUUUGUUCUGAAAAUGAAGGACCUAAAAGCCCACUUUCAGGAAAGCGGCUUCAAGACGAGAGCAAUGAAUCUCAUCGUGAACAGUCACCGUUACGUUCCACCAAUGUAAGAUUGUCUUCUGUAGAGUCGGACACAGCAGCCUCAGAACAAAAAAGUCCAGCUCUGUGUACUCAGUCUCCACCUCUGGAGGAACAAGCAGGUGAAGGAAGCAAAACUCAUUUGAAUGAAGACGAUCCCAUUGAUGUGGAGCUUGAUCUGGGCCUAAGCUUUGCAUAUGAAGUAGAUGUAACUGAGAGCUCCGAUAGCAGUGAGGAGGACCAGCUGGUGUCCUUCCAGGAGAUGAUGGAGCGAGUUACCAAACCUCCAGAUACACCGGAAAAAGGAGCCUUCUCUGAACCAAGCACACCGGGCCGUAACAGCUCCCCAUCAAAAAAUCCGCAACUUCCAUUCACAACAAAGUCAAGUGCCUACAAGAACAAUCUUGACCAAAUGCUGAAGGAAAUUAAUAGCAACAAAAGAGCUAAAGAGAUUGAGGCACAGCUAUUAACUGCAUGCAAAGAAGACUUGUUGAAGUUGGCUGAAUACGAGGAAGCAGAGAUGAACCAGACGAUCUCCAGUGAGCAGCGGGAAUUCCUGGAGCGCUACUCGCUGAUGUCUUCUGCAAUCAGAGAAGUGCCUCCAGGAGAAUCAGUGUUCAACUUGGAAAAACGUGGCCAAAUCUUUGACCAGGAUACACUACAGCUCAGGCAAUGCAUGGUCAGUCCACAGGGGACAGCACAGAAAACACUUCUGUGGUCCAGUCCUGCUCAGCUGGAACUUCAUAUCAAUAUCGGUUUGUUCCAGACUGCGUACGACGAAAACUCACCAUGUCCCGCUCAGGUCACCCGUUUUCUCUUUAAGAUGAUGUCAGUCCAUCAUGAGAGGAUGCUGUCAGAGAAGAUCCUGCAAGUGCUCUGUGACAUCGCCUUUUCAGCUGCUUAUCAGAUAGUCAACAAUGGAAAUCAGCAGUUUGAAGUGUGGGUCCCCAGUUUGGCGGAUGUGACACUUGUUCUCAUGAAUAUGGGCGUCACAUUUGUUACACUCUUCCCCUUUGGGAAUCUGCAGCCAUCGUUCACAGAGGGAGAUUUGCUUGAAAAUAUUUAUAUAAAAAGUGAGAGUCCCUCCAAUAACCAGGAAGAGAUGGAGUUCCCUGAUCACAACUGCUGCAACAUUUUAAAGUACCUGUCGUACUGUCUGGACCUGUGUCCUCGUGCGUACAGCGAUAAUGAGCUCCUUUUGCUGCUAACGAUGGUGGGAAGGAUCAGCCUGGAAACACGGUGGAUCCUCCAGUCCAGAAUGGAAGUGAGGUGUCUCCAGUUUAAAAUCGUCAAAAACAUCAGGGAUUGGCAUGAAAUGCUCCCCAGAAUCUGUCAAGCCCUCACAAAUUUGACGGAUGAUCAUCACAACAUGUGCCUGCUGGUUCAGCUCCUGCCUGACAGCACCCGUGGAAGACAGCUUCGCAGACAUCUGAGCAUGUCCUUCAUCUCCAAGUUGUUAGUUGGUACUUGCACGUACAGACCUACUGAGGAGGAGCUUCAGCUUGCAGAGUUGAGGCCAUACCUCCGCAGGAUGAAACCUUCUUCUCUUCAAGGCCUGCGUCAGGGAGACAAAGAGGCCUCUUCAGACCAACAGGCGUACUACCUGUGCUACAGCCUCUUAAUGCUGACAAACGAAGCUUCUAAUUUUCAGGUCUUCCCACCUUGUCAGAAGGCACAGCUGAUUGCUUUAUCAUAUGAACUGGAAACACAUGUUAAAUGUGACAUCAGAGAGAAUGAGAAAUGUCUUUACCGCAGCAAGGUGAAGGAUCUGCUAGCCAGGAUCUCCACCAAAUGGCAGAUGCUCCUUCAUCGAACCAGACCUCUCAAUGGUAAGCUGUAUGAUUACUGGCAGCCUUUGGACACGUUUCGAAGCAGCCAAGAGGAUGAAGAGGUCACUUUAACUGAGGACGAAGACGACAAAGAAGAAGACACCACUUUAACCAACGAGAACGAUGUUAAAGUGGUUGCUGAGAAUGAAGAAGAGGGAAAAGAAGUGGCAAUGGAGGCCGAAGAUGGCGUAGAACUAACUGAAAAGGCUGAAGACACUGAGGAAGAUGGUGCUAAGAAUGACACAAGCAGAACAGAAGAGGCACCAGUACAAGGGACUGGAAACCAAGCAAUACUUGUGGUGCAGUCUCAAGCUUUGAACGAGCUAAUAGCUGCAUACGGACCUUGAGAAUAAGUUUGUAAGUCCAGUUCAUGCCAGCUUUAAAAAGCAUCAUUUUUGUGUCAUUAAAAUUUCUUUGCUGGGUUUUGAUUCUCAUUAACUUGAUGUUCUGUUCAAUUUGCACAACAUAUUACAGUUUUUUAAAUAAUUUUGAAUUUGUAAAGGUUUAUGCCUUGUGUACUUUUUUGAUUUGUGUUACAAAAUCUUUUUUUAAUUAUUUAAUAAACGUUUGAGAAAUAG